GAAGAAGCAGCAGAAGCUUCCAUGUUAGCAGCUUGUUAGCAUCGUUGUGUUCUGCCGGUUUCAUCUGUAAUUCCAUGGAGAAGAAGAGCCGCUCUUCGUUUCUGAGGCUGGGUGAGAAGAUGUAGCCAAUCAGGUGGGAGAUCUCUGCAGCGCCAGAAGCCUUCAGUUUUCAGAUCCUCAUCCUGACCCGGAGUCCUCUGUCCGUCCGUCGGCCAUGUUGUUUUCUCUGAGGGAGCUGGUCCAGUGGCUGGGCUUCGCCACCUUCGAACUCUUCCUCCACCUGCUGGCGCUGCUGCUCUUUAGCAUGCUGGUGGCUCUGCGGGUGGACCUGCUGAGCGACCGGCUCAGCUGGUGGCUGGUGUUCGUGCCGCUGUUCGCCGCCGACGGCCUCAGCACCUACUUCACGGCCAUCGUGUCGAUCCGGCUGUACCAGGAGAACGAGAAGCGGCUGGCGGUGCUGCGGCUGCUCUGGGUGUUGACGGUGCUGAGCCUGAAGCUGGUCUGCGAAGUUCUGCUGUGCCAGAAGCUGGCCGAGCAGGACCGAGCCCGAGACUUGUGGUUCGGCCUCAUCGUGUCGCCGCUCUUCAUCCUGCUGCAGCUGCUGAUGAUCCGGCCUGCCGGGUCAACUGACAGCAGAGCGGCGCCGCGAGAGAUUCACCGCGCCACAGGAGAGCUGACAGAGGGAAGAAAGAAAGAGAAGGAG